AGGUUCUGGCGGUGUCCAGGAAGAUGGUGGUGCGGGUGGAGGACCUGGUGCAGUGGGGGUGUGCGGAGCCGUCAGGUUGGAGCAGUUAUUUGAAAACACCAGCAGCCCGCGGGAUUAACGGCCUCCACAAACCUCCACCGAGCAGCGACGAAAAUGUCUGUGAGGAGACGACCAGCGUACCUCUGGAAGUCAAAAUUGAAGACGACCCUCGACAGGGAAUAACGAUCCUCAGCUACCCGCAGUACUGCCGCUUCCGCUCCCUGCAGAGCCGCAUCCUGGAGGGGGCAAGGGGCCCGGGGCUGCAGGACCCCCACCUGCUGGCCCUGGGAGGCGUUCAGGUACUGCCCCACAUCCGGCUGAUGUACUGCAGGGACACCUUCAACCACCCCACGCUGGAGAACAGCGCCGGCUUCUCCUGGCAGUUCAGUUGUCCAUCUCUCAGUCUACGAGGGCGACCUCGCAAGAGGAAAGCCAGAGACGGAAAAGAGUCUCCGACCUCCGGCCAAUCAGAUUCCUGGAUCGAGAGGAUGAAGGAGAACGUGAUGGGCAGCGUGGAGGUGGGCUGUGAGGGCAGCUGGCUCCCUCACCCUGAGGAGCAGACGUUCCUGGAUCAGCUCUUCGACCACAUGGAGCGCCUCGGCUCACCCGUCCACAAAGUCCCCAACCUCGGCUUCAAGAAGAUUGACCUCUUCAAAAUGUACUCUGUGGUCAAGCGGCUUGGAGGCUACAAAAAGGUGACAGUGGACCGUCUCUGGAAAAUAGUUUAUAACGAGCUGGGAGGAUGCGCCGGCAGCACCAGCGCUGCGACCUGCACCAGGAGACACUAUGAAAGGCUGAUGCUUCCUUAUGAAGAGCACCUCAGAGCAGGAGGAACUGAAUUCAAAAUCCCAGAGUGCCCCAUGCCUCAAAAACCCAGAGCCAUCAGAGGAAGAAAACCACUUCAGAGAGGAAGGAAACCAGGACCCAAAUCCCAAGAGAAGAAGAUGGCGACCGCUGCUGCUGCUUGUGCUCGUACUAUCGUGACCCCGAACGGCACCUUGGUGGUGAAGAGAGGACGAGGUCGGCCGCCCGGCACGCGUAAUAAGUCCACGCUGAUCGCUCAGGCCAAGAUGGUGGCUCAGCAGCAGGCUAGGAUCAAAUUAGAGGCGGAGUCUCAGCUGCUGAGUCCUCUGCUGCAGGGUGGAGGCGCUCUAACCCUCAUCAGCACACACAGGCCCAUCCAGCCGGCCAUCCUCGUCAACAUGCCCCUCACCCCGGACCUCUCCCCCAUGUCGGCCCCCUUCCUCCCCUUCCAGCCCAAACCAAAGGAGCUGAAUUCGGACCGGGGGGAGUCAGCCUCCCCCCUCCUCCUCUCCACGCUGCCUCGCCACUUCGUCGGAGGAUCUCUGGGCGGUUUCAGCCCCAUCAAAGGCGUCUGCCCUCUGGACGUCUUCAGGAACCGCAUCAGCCUCCAGAGGGGCCCGGAGAGCCCCGCCCUGACGCCUCAGGACCCCCCCGCCCAGCACCAUCCCACCGUCUACACACUCCAGCCCAAAAGUGGAAGCCCGGACACGCCAACACACUCCAGCAGGGAGCAGCUCCAGCCUCAGCCCCACCUCCACCCGCCGCACCAGCAACACAACCACUGCUCGGGGUGCGUGGUGGAUGAGGCGGCCCCGCAGAGGGGGGUCAGUCGGGACGUCAGGAACCGGCCCCCUCUGCCCCCCCUCCGCGUCCUGCCUCUGAACCUGGACUGCAGCGUUCAGGUGUGCCAGCUGAUGAGGACUCGUCUGGGCUCGUCUCAGUUCCAGACCUUCACCCGCCGCCUGUCCGAGGCUCUGUCCCAGGACCUGAGCAGCAAGCCCCCCUGCUCGCCCAUCACGCCGCCCCCCGAGCAGGCGCUGCCUCUCAAUCUCAGCAAACGCUUCGUGGUGAAGAGACCGAGCGCCGAGGGACCGGAGUCGAGUCACGGGGACGUCAACGGGAACGCCGAUCAACCUCUGUCCAAGAGACUGUGCACGGAGACGGCAGAUAACUUCGGUCUGGGGGGGCGAUCCAGCUCGGGGGGCAGCGGCGGGGAGGGGGAGCAGGAAGUGGAGAUGAGGAACCAGGAGGAACCAGCAGAUCUCAGCUCGCCCAGCAGGAUCAGAGCCUUCCUGCUCAGCCUGCCGCCCUUCCAGGUGAAAUUCGAGGAGGAUCUGAACGGGACGAGGUUUGGGAAGUUUCUCCCUCCAGGACCUAAGGAAACCCAGAGGUCCGCCACAGAGACAGGAGAGGGAGGAGUGGCGCUAAAGAAGGAGGACGAGGUGUUUGAAAUGGAGCGAUGUGAAACUGAGAGGAGCAACAAACAGGAGGAGAAGGAUCACCUCUCUGCUCCGGCAGAGCUAAAGAGAGCCGGGCCCUCAAACACUGACACACACUGUUUUUAGCAUUUAUUCACUCUGUUGAUAUUAGCAUUUUGUGAGCAGAAAACUGACUGAAAUAUAUGGGAAUGUAUUGGUUUUGGAAAGUGGAAAGAUGUAUCCGCCGUGGGGCUUGGAGUUGGUUUUGGACGCCGGGCGCUUCAGUGUGGAUCCGGCUCAGGGUAAAGCCUGGAUACGCGGAGCAGGGAUCUUUCUUUGCUUCAUAUCUGACAAACAUUUGAACUCGCAACUUCUCUUUGUUUCCAAUUAUGUCUCCUUGUUAUUUCCUGUUUUUCAAUCAUGUCAAUAAUUGAACUCUGGAAAGAUGACACUGAGAAUCAUGACAAUCACAAAUCAGUUCCUCUUCCUUUCUCUGUCGGUUUCAAAAGGAAGGAGGAGUGAGACUGUGACUCUUCCACAAACACUGCCAUAACUCUCCAUAACACUAUUAACUCCACUAUUCAAUGUUAUGGUUAAACAUUGAAUAAGAUCCAUAUAAACUUAAAAUAUAAAUCGAUUCUAUCUAUGGGUGAUGCUAUGCAUCAAGACGUCAUAACGAAGCAUCUCGAGUGUACUGUAGUUUGGUAGUUUCAUUUUUAAAUUGUACUCUCCUUCUGUAGAGAGAUAGUUAUUUUCUGAUAAAGUUUCUCGAUGUUAUCUGGAGCUCCUUGGUCUUCACACUAUAGCUCGUUCCGUGAAGCCUUUCUAUAGUCCUGCUCGUUAGCUGAAAGUAUAUCAACUCUUCUUACACUUAUGUGCCUUAACGGCCUGCGAUCUGUUUCAUCGCCGGCUUCAAAUACAUUCACUUAAAGAGAUACCUUGAUGUUGCACCUCUGCCGUUUUCCUCUGCUCCUCAGAAGGGCUGGGUAUGAAGCACUCAUGUGGAUAUGAGACGUUACAGAGAAAUAUAAACUGUCAAAUAAGCCAAAGUUGUCAAAUUUUGAAUGUUGUCCUUGCAUUAGCAGCCAUACAUGAAUUGGUCUGACUAAAACUGGUUAAAAAAAGAAAGUUUAAAGAGAACAAAUCUGACAUUCAAUGCCAGCUCUCAUUAUACUCUGUGAAGUGUUUCAUAAUAAACAGUGUUGCGGUUCGAUACCCGGCCCUGCUGUUUGUAUUGUAAAGACAGCGGCCUCGCGUUGGUGCCGUCAUCUCGCUUUCAUUACAACCACCUAGGGCUGGGCGAUAGAGAUUAUAUCAAAUGUCAGGAUAUCUCUGUCCCAAUACCUCCGUCAAAUGUGACGACAUUGUAAAGUUGUCUAUUGUUGUCUUUAUAAAUAAUCAGUAAUAUGUUGAUCUAUUGACUGUCGUUAAAAAAAAGAAUGAAAAUGACAUCACUUGACUGUAAUUCAGCCUUCAGGAGAAGACGUCCCUCAUGCCACAACGCGACAUCUGAAAUCACACACUAUAUCGCCCGGCCCUCUGUUCAGCAAAGGAGGAGAAAACGAUGUGAGAUGGAAAAUGAACAUGUAGCCCAAACAUUCAGACUACCUCAGGUUCUUUCUUUUUCAUUUCCACCUGCUUUAUCCGUUUUAAGGGAGGCCUAUCCCAUGAUGCAUUUGGGCAGAAUGCAGGGAUGGAUCCUGGCCCAUGAACACAGCCUCAGAGUUUCCCGGUUUCACACAUGUAGCACAGAACAGAAGGUGGAAAUAACUGUUUUGGUUUGCACGCAGGAGGCCUGAUUACACGAGAAUUACACCGCGGAAUCCGCUCUUCAUUUAGUCAUAAAUAACCGUGUCUCUUGCCGUUUACUUGAGUUUUUCCAGACACUCGCAUUUCCUGUUUCACCAAAGAACAUGUUUCGGGUUUCUUAACCUUUUUAAACCUCUUCACUUCCACACCCAGCUUCUUCCUCUUCUUCAUCUAAAGUGCCAACACAAACCACCGACUCCAUAUUGUGACAGAAAACGUUGUGUAGCUGAAAGAAAAAUAAAAAAAAUGUCAAGGUAUCCCUUUUAAUCUCAGCCUUUUUCCUUCGGUUUGUUUUCAGCACACCUACUGUACCCACGUGCUUAAUUUGUUACUCCAUAUUUAUAUUGUCCACCUUUUAUUCUCCCCAAUGCCAAUGUUUUAUUACUUUAGGAGUGGAAGCAACUACGACACCGAUUUCCCCGGUGCUGUUUUUUCUUAGUUAUGUACCCAUAUUGUUAUUUUUUAUUCAUAAAGCUGCAAAUUAUUUUUCUUUUCAACAAGUCAUUAAAUCUUCUUUAUCGACUUGUUCCUGUGUUUGAAUGACUUGCUAUGAAAAUAUUAACAGUUUUGUUCUGCUUUAUUUGGCUGUUGUUGGCUUGGUUUGAGAGGGAUACGAACACCGUGUGAACGGAUGCACGAGUAGAGAAAUGUAGAUCGCUGGAGAAGCACCAAAGCACAUGUUUCUCCUCCAGAAAUCACCAGACCUCCAAAACCUUUCUAGAACAUUUCUGAUCAUGUUUGGAGUUUUUCCAGAUAUUGUAAGUCAUUUUCUUACUACUAUACUUUGAGGAAGAUCUGUUGUUUCUUAAACUCACAGGUAUGCUAAUCUUACAACAGGAUUCAUGUGUAUCUGAUGUUUUUCUCUGCUUCUUCCUGUCUGUAAACCUUUUGUUUAUUAAGGUGCUCCAAGCAGUAAAGGCCUUCAAAUGUC